CCGGAAAAAGAAAAAGAAAAAAAAAAGAGGAGAAAAAAAAAACAGAGGCGCUGUUGCUCGCACCUUCCUCGUCUCUUUCAUCCACAUCGUCGCCUCCUCUCUCAAUUUUCUGGGUCCCUGCAACUUUUCCUGGAUUUUUGGUGGAGCUCACGGUUUGAUGGGGUUUUAGGGGGGACGAGGUACGAGGUGAAUCGGAGGAAUGUCGGGAGACGCGUUCGGUGCGAGCCUCCAGAACCCCACGGUCCCGUCGCCGCCGGUGAUGGACAGCUUGCGCCUGGCCUUCGGCGGCGACGGGGCGGUUCCCUACAAGCCGGCCGCGGCGCCCGCUCCGUCCGCCGCCAACGGCGAGAUCGGCAUCGGCGGCGGAGGCGGGGGGGCGGAGGGGCUGAACAUGAACGUGGUGGGAGAGCCGGUGAAGAAGAAGAGAGGGAGGCCGAGGAAGUACGGGCCGGAGGGAUCGAUCGCGUUGGGUCUCAACUCCGGGGGUGCGGGCCACGCGACCGCAUCGCCUCCCGGUGGAGGAUUCGGGUCCCCGCCUCGUCUGCCGUCGGCGCACGGCGGCUCUCCUGCUUUUGCUGCUCCUCAGUCGGGAGAUUCGGGGUCGGCUAGCUUGACGAAGAGAAGGGGCAGGCCUCCUGGAUCUAGCAAUAAGAAGCGGCGAUCGGAUGCUCCGGGACUUCUAGGAGAUGGGCUGAAUUACCAUCUCUCAUCGACUCCUCAGCGGGCAAGAAAAGGAUCUGGUGGGAUGGGAUUUACGCCACAUGUGAUCACAGUUAAAGCUGGAGAGGAUGUAUCAUCAAAGAUAAUGUCAUUUUCCCAGAAUGGUCCAAGGGCUGUUUGUGUACUGUCUGCAAAUGGAGCUAUAUCUAAUGUGACACUUCGCCAACCUGCCACAUCUGGCGGCACUGUGACUUACGAGGGGCGAUUUGAAAUACUGUCACUUUCUGGAUCAUUUCUUCUAUCGGAUAGUGGUGGACAUCGCAGCAGAACUGGAGGCUUGAGUGUGUCUUUGUCUGGCCCAGAUGGUCGUGUUUUAGGUGGUGGGGUGGCGGGUCUUCUAACUGCAGCAUCUCCUGUUCAGGUUGUUGUGGGCAGUUUUAUGGCUGAAGGUCGUCCCGAAACAAAAUCGGCGAACCAAGUUGAGUCCUUUUUGGUUCCAGGAAAAUUUGUCUCCGGUGGAGUGUCGGUCGGGCCUAGUAGCCCACCAUCCCAUGGGACCCUCAGUGAAUCAUCUGGUGGGCCUGGGAGUCCGCUGAAUCAGAGUACAGGCAUCUGCAACAACAGUAACUCACAAGGCAUGUCUAGCCUGCCAUGGAGGUAAAACUAAAGUUGAACUGAUCCUGUGUCCAGUGUAGUGGCAUAAGAUGCUGACCCUUGUGUUUGCUGAUGUUGUAAGUUUAGGGACAUGUAGCUUGAAGCCCUCUAGGAGAUUAGUUGUAAUAAGGGCUUGAGUCCUUGAAACCAGAUUUAGUAGAAGUCACUCUGUAUUUCGGUCGUUUAAUGGCUUAGGAACUUGUCGCAAUGUGAUUAUCGCUAGGAAAGACUUCUAGGUAGGACGUUAUUGUUUUGUUAUGCUUUCAGUGCGUAACCUUCACCAUCAUGUCGAUGGAUUGAACCGGAAUAUGUACUUUCUCCAUCACUAUGAAUAAUUUAUGUA